UACAUGAAAUACGAACGAUCGAGUCACUUUCUUGUGACAGUUUGACGCGUUAAAUACCAGUGAAGUCCAAAUUCGAAAUGGGGGACAACAAAGAGAAAACAAUGCCCAAGUACAUCAAAUUCUUAUUCGGGGGAUCAGCUGGCAUGGCGGGCACCCUUUUCGUCCAGCCCUUAGACCUGCUCAAAAAUCGAAUGCAACUAGCGGCCACACAAAAAGAGCGGGCGACUUCGUUCCAAGUCCUCCAGAAAAUCAUCUCCAACGAGGGGGUUUUUGCCCUGUAUACGGGCCUCUCAGCUGGGCUUUUGCGCCAAGCGACUUACACAACGACCCGUCUGGGGGUGUACUCGUGGCUUUUCGAGACUUUUUCCGAGGAGGGGAAGCCCCCAAGCUUCAUUGUGAAGGCGGGGUUGGGGAUGAUGGCAGGCGUGUGUGGCGCGUUUGUGGGAACCCCAGCCGAAGUGUCCCUAAUUCGGAUGACCGCAGACGGACGUCUCCCAGCCGCCGAAAGGCGCAACUACAAGAACGUGUUCGACGCUCUCUUCAGGAUAACAAAGGAGGAAGGGGUUUUGACCCUUUGGAGGGGCGCAAUCCCCACAAUGGGGCGCGCUAUGGUGGUUAAUGCGGCCCAGUUGGCCACGUACUCGCAAGCCAAGCAAAUGCUCUUAAAUACGGGAUUCUUCCACGACGGGAUUUUCCUUCAUUUCUGUGCCUCUAUGAUUUCGGGGUUGGUCACAACGGCCGCCUCGAUGCCAGUCGAUAUUGCCAAAACUAGGAUUCAAAACAUGAAAACAAUCAAUGGUAAGCCGGAGUACUCGGGCGCCCUCGAUGUUUUAGUCAAAGUCGUGAAGAACGAAGGGCCGUUCGCUUUGUGGAAAGGUUUCACUCCGUACUACUUCAGGUUAGGGCCGCACACCGUCCUCACGUUUAUUUUCUUGGAGCAAAUGAAUUCGGCGUAUAAUAAAAUCGUUUUGGGGAAGUCGGGGACCGGAGGGCAAUUGUAACGACAAGGGAAGUGAAGCAAAUGUUACGCUUAUGUUUUUUAUUAAAGUUUGUUUUAUUUACAUAUCGCUGAAAUUUUAUUUAGAAUAAGUUGCACAAAAUCAUUUCAUUAAUAAGGUGUAGGUCAGUUAAGCAAUGAAUUUUUCUAAUAAACGGAAACCUUGGCCGUGUUUUUGCUAGUCGUGUGAAAGUUACGGUAAGACUGAUCUGUGGAGACAUUCAAUAAACACGAAUAUGACGA